AUGUGGACAAGAAGAGUCGUGCUAAGUAAAGAUGUCUGUUUUAUUCUUUCUUUUAUAUUCAGCACAAGCAGGUCUGAAGGAGAUCUGUCGGCUUUUAAGUCAGCGGCACAAAGUAGUAAUUUGUUCAGCAAUCAAUGGCUGGCAAGUGCGGCUGUAGACACUUGUCGAAAUACAUUAAUAACUUCGGGCUGCUGUACACACACGGCUUCUCCUGGUCCAAAAACAGUAUGGUGGCGAGUUGAUUUGGGUCAGAUAAGCACCAUCACCACUAUCGAAAUAAUUUACAGAGCAAACUUUCAGCAGCGGUUGGCAGGAUACCAUCUUUAUGUAUCCAAUACCACCGAUUCUCCAACACAGGGUGUCCUCUGUUUUGAGGACAAAAGCAGCACUAGAGAAGCCGUAUCGUUGGGGGUGAUUCAUUCAUGUCCGUAUGUAGGUCGGUAUGUAACUAUCUACAACUACAGAAGUACCCCAAAACGUUACGAAUGGUAUGAAAAUAGCGCUGUACUGGAGCUGUGCGAGGUAACAGUGCUUGGAUGUGCAACAGGUUUUUACGGAAACGGUAACUGUAAUGAAGUGUGCCCGGGAAGCUGUUACGGCGGAAACUGUAACCCGAUAACUGGUUCUUGUCUAUACUGUUCCCCUGGUAAAUAUGGCGUUGUAUGCGACAGAAACUGCUCAACGAACUGUAAAAAUAGCCUGUGUGAUAAGGAUUCUGGAAGUUGUUUUGAAUGUUAUUCUGGAAGGCACGGCGAUACGUGUGAUCAAGAAUGUUCCGUAAACUGUAAGGACAGGUUGUGUGCCAAGGACACUGGGUUCUGUACUGACUGCGUUAAUGGGAAGUAUGGCAUUUUAUGUUCUCUGGACUGUUCCGUAAACUGUAAGGACAGGUUGUGUGCCGAGGACACCGGAUUCUGUACCGACUGCGUCAAUGGGAAAUAUGGCUUGAUAUGUUCUCUGGACUGUUCUGUAAACUGUAAGGACAGGUUGUGUGCCAAGGACACGGGAUACUGUACAGAUUGUGUUGCUGGACGGCAUGGUAUAACAUGUGAAUUGGAAUGCUCUAUUACCUGUAAGGACAUGUUAUGUGCUAGAGACACAGGGUUUUGUGGUGAAUGUAUUGCUGGAAAAUAUAGAAACACUUGUGAUGAAAAUUGUCCGAUGAAUUGUCAAGACAAUGUGUGUACUCGAGACACAGGUCUCUGUAUUGGUUGUGUUGGUGGAUUUUACGGGACGAACUGUUCGAUACCGUGCAACACCAAUUGUUCUGAAUGUCACCAAGAAAGCGGCGAAUGUACACAAUGCAAGCUGGGACUUUACGGAACGAGUUGCAAUAUGUCGUGUGGCCACUGUAGUAGUUGUCAACAAGUCUCCGGUCUGUGUGUGACUGCGUGUGAUCCUGGAUACCAAGGAAGUUUCUGUGAAACAAAACAAGCCCAGAGGUCGGAAGGUAAUGCGCCGACUACAGAUGUAGGGGCGAUCGUCGGACCUAUAGCAGGCGUGAUUGCUGUCCUUGUCAUCGGCAUUGUUAUUGUCAUCUUCAUCAGAAGGCGUCGAUUGAGUGCCAGUAAACGGGACUCCUUUGAUGAUAUAAGGCAUCACAAAGACUACGAUAAAAAGGUGUACGACCAACCCUUAGAGCAGAUGAACUCACGUGCUGGCCGUGACAUUCCAGAUAAAAACGUCAACAAUUCCAUAGUGCCUGACGAUGAACCAGUCGAACCACCAAAAGACUCCGCCAACGUAUAUGUCAAUGCCGAAGAAGUAACCAUGAAAUCAGAUACUGAUGAAAACAUCUACUAUAAUUCUGGUCCUAUUGGAUUUCCUGUCUCUGAACUGAAAUCUUUGGUACUUACUAAGAUGCAAAAUAAGUCGAAAGCGUUUGAGAAUGAAUACAAGUCAAUACCAUUUGGGGAUUUGCACGAGCAUAAGAUUGGAAUGCUUCCACAAAAUAAAACCAAAAAUCGAUUUAAGACCACGUUUCCCUAUGACCAUUCUCGAGUGGUUCUUGAUUCUGUUGGAAAGGAUCCGCACUCGGACUACAUCAAUGCCAAUUAUAUUGAUAGUGUCACAAAAACUGCAGAAUAUGUCGCGACACAAGGUCCAAGGCCUGGGACAGUCAACGAUUUCUGGCGUAUGGUUUGGCAACUUAAGACUAACAAAAUUGUCAUGUUGACCAACCUAAUAGAAGGAGCAAAGCACAAGUGUGAUAAAUACUGGCCUGAUGAGGGACAACCAUUGUCGACAACACAUUUCAACAUUAUCCUGGAUAGGGAACGAUCUUAUGCCUUUUAUGUCAUCCGAGAUCUUACAGUAACAGAAAAGAAGACGAAAUCAGCACGACAAAUACAUCAGUUCCAUUACAUCACGUGGCCCGACCAUGGUACUCCGGACCCUAAUGAACUUGUCGUAUUCCAUCGCCGCGUAAAGCAAUAUCAGAAUGUCUUAACAGGAAAGUUGGUGGUUCAUUGCAGCGCUGGUAUAGGCAGAACAGGAACAUUCCUUGCCCUCGAUGCUCUUCUGGAUUACGGGAAAGAGUUCGGACGAAUCGACGUUAUGCAAUACGUUAAUACCAUGCGAAAGGACAGGAUAAAUAUGGUUCAAACAGCCGAUCAAUACAUAGCUAUACAUCAGCUCCUUGUUGAAGCCUUUGAUAUGCCGGAUGCACUUAUUCCUAGAAUGAAGUACCAUGCAACACUAAACUCUCUCGUCAAUGGCGGCCCAACGAACCAAACAAAACUACGUAAAGAGUAUGAGUUGACACAAGUCAUGAAGCCAAAGUACGAUGACACUGAUUGUAAAGCUGCAUUAUUACCUAUCAACAAGACGAAGAAUAAGACCUUAUCAGUCCUAGCAGUGGAUAAGUUCAGGGCGUAUCUCCUAUCACAGGCUAGUAACAGGACAGACUACAUUAAUGCUGUAGAGGUACCAUCCUACACGUCCAAAACUGGGUAUAUCGUCACCCAGACUCCUAUGGAAGACACCGUGGUAGAUCUACUGACAAUGAUAAUGGACCAUGACUGUACCACUAUUGUCAUCAUAGAUACUGACACAAUUGACUGGCUUCCAGAGCAGGGUGAAGGUAAAGUCAUUGGUGAUUAUCAACUAGAGAACAAGGGAAAAUCGUCAACGAUAUCAAAUACUGAUAUGCUUGAAAUAACAAUCACGGAUCAGAGCAGUGAAUUAAGCACUAAUAUUCGAGUGUUUCACCUAUCCGGGUGGAAUCAAGAGUCACCAGUCCCUCAGGAUUCGUCAACCUUACUGCAGCUACUUGAACUUGUAGACAGUAGACGUAAAUCGGAUGAUACUAAGACGACAGUUGUCAUGUGUCGAGAUGGGUAUACACAGAGCGGUCUGUUCUGCUGUAUCAGCAGUGCUAGAGACCAAAUGAAGAUUGAUGACGAGGUGGAUAUAUUUCAGAUUUCUCGUCAGCUGCUAACUAGACGUCCAGAAUUUAUUAUCAGCUUCGAACAGUACCACUGCUGCUACAACGUCAUUAGGGAUUACCUUGAUGCCACAGAUGUGUACAUGAACUGACACUAUAGAACCGACACCAGAGUUAUUUAAUGGGCAUCAUCUGGAUAUCAAAGUCGUGUAUAUAACUGACAUUACAGAACUAGGACCAGUGUUACAUAACAAACAUCACUUGGAUAUCACAGACGUUUAUAUAAGUGACACUACAGCACUAGUACCAGUGUUAAAUAACAUUACCAUGGGGUGUGUAAAUGUAUUAUUCAAAAUGUUAAUUAUAUGUAAUAUAUCCGAGGGUACCUUAAAACUGAAGUAUAUUUUAACUUAUUUUAAAUGUAUUAAACAACCAUUACCUCAACACCACAGGAGGCGUUUAUCUGACCGAAAAACACACGUGUAUGUAAGAAACAGCAUUGUAUGUAUUUACUCAACUUAUACGAAGUUAACUAUUUUCUAAGCUGGUAAGAGCUUAAUUUAAAUUGAUAUAGCUAUUUGUAUAUCGUGCGGGUUAAGCUACCCUAGAAAAGGACUUUGGUAUCGCCCAGAAAUGUUCAUCAUCCUGCCAUUGAUAGUUCCUUAUCAAAUUUUGCGAUGUCGUUUGAACAAUUUUUGUUCAUUCUUCAAAAUAACUUUCAUUGCUCUGCUUUGACAUGAAUACCAGCCGGAGAUUUGUUCUUGUAAGUUAGAUAAUUUGAAAUUCGUAUAACCUUGAACCAUGAAUUCAAGGUUUUCAUGGUUUGGUAGUCUUAAUGUAUGUCAGACUCACAACGAUAUACAUAAAGAUACACUAUGGUAUUGCCAAGCCUUAAUUCAUGUUACUGAUUAUGACACCUGUCUGAAAGAACGCAUCCGCUUCUUUCGUAAGUACUCACCGAAUACGUUCUUAAAGGUAGCAUGCUAUCACAGAUGUAAUAGAGAGACAGAAAGAGAUAGUCCUAAUGUCCACUAAUAAAUCAAUACUG